CAAAUAAAACUAAAACAGCUGGGAGGCCAGAAGGGCGACCUCUCACACAGCACCACUCCGUCAAUCUCAGGAAGAAUUGUCAAUUAUAGGCCCCAUCAGGGAAUACGGACACCGCAUUUCCCACCAGAUCAACCAUCCCUGCAACUCUGCCACUGAGACUCUCAUGACCUUGAACUGUUGCUCUUCCAUAAAGGAUUUUGUUCAAAGCAACCGUCCCAACUUACUCCUCCUCCAUAAAAUAACUUUCCUCUUUGUUGGAUUUGCCUAUGGUUUUACCAUAGCCUGCAUGUCUCUAAUUGCAAUUCUAUCCUAUUUCCAAAUAAACCCAUUUUUGCUGGGAAAAUAACUUUUAUGUUUAAGGUUAACACUACCUUCUACCCUCAGGUAAUGAGAAGUUUGUUUUCCCGUACAGAAAGCCAAUGUAGCAGCAGGUAGGCAGCCCAAUUACUAGGUAAAUUUAGGAUGAAUUGCAUAACAAGUGGUGCCGUCAUGGUUUCUUACUUGAGGGCUAAUUAUCGUCCAUGUUGAAAAUACGUAAUGGGAGACACUGAGAAAGCCAGUAUCUGCUUGGCUAAUAUGAAAGGGUAUCUUUCUGACUUUGCCAUCUCUCAGCGAUUAUCUGUGAUAUGGCAUCAAAUUCUGGUUUAAGCCUUAUUUGGUAAUAAACUUUUUUCUCUACUAUCUUUGUGGAGAGGUUUUCUGGGUUGGGAGAAGAUUUUUUCUUUUUAAAUUCUAUUUCUCCAACAAUUUAUAUUGUUACCUGUCUAAAAGAAUUCCAUUUAAAACUUUUUGAAACAUCUGUAUUUGCCAAAUAGACAUGUGGAUUGAUUUUACUAUUUGAGACCCCAAAUGCAAACUGAUUACAGGGUCUGUGAAAAUAAAAAGGAAUUUCACUAAAAUGGAGUCAGGAGGCCGGCGGGGAGGGGGGGGCGGGGCUCUCACAUGCCGCCUAGGGAUGUCAAUCACAGACCUCAACAGAAGAAUCCUCAACAGGAAAGAACCAUCAAUUAUAGGCCCCAAGGAGAAAAGAUGUACAAGCAAUAGACUACCCCUGAAACUCAACCAAUGGGAAACUGUCUUUUACUAAUCUGUUGCUUUUCUCCAAUGGCCUUUGCUUCACAACUGCUCCCAAAUUUCCUUCUCCAUAAAAUAGUGUUCCUCUCCUAUGUUUAAGGGACUAGCCUAUGGUUUUUGCUGUAGCUUCCCUGUCCCUCACUGUAAGUCUCUGUUAUGUCCAAAUAAACCCAUUUUUUUGCUGGUCCAACACAUACACGGAGGCAAGGGGUGACUAGGCUGUGCCAUCGCGCCGGAUGCGCCUGCAGUCCUAGGCUGGGCGAGGCUCCGGGGCUGGGGGCUGCAGAGCGGAGUGCAAGCGCUGCGGGACGUCCGGCGCGGAGGCCGAACUCCCGGGGGGAGCGGAGAGGGGCCCAAACCGCACGUGACCUUCAAGCGGGGCGGCGCGCACGCGGUUUCCGACUUCACGGGGGCACCCCGGCAGCUUCCUGCGAUUGGUGUCUGUUCACGCCCACGUGCACCACGUCAGCUCAUUAACGGAUUCGCGCACUCACGGGUUUCUGUAGGUAUUCAUUCUCGGAGACCCGUUCGCACCGUCCCCUCUGGGCGGCCCUCCGUUCGUCCCCCCCUUCCCGAGGCCCCAGCUCCUGCUGUCCGCCCCGCCCCGCCCCAGCGACCCGCAGGUCCCCGCGCCCUGCAAUCUCAUUGGCUAAGCGUGUGCGGAAGCUCCCAUUUCUGUCUCUUCUAUUGGGCACGCUGCCUGCUCGCUCAGAAGUUUCAACCAAUGGGAGCCAAUCAGGAAGUGCUGGCUCAGCCAAUGAGGGGGGCGAUAGGAUAAAGGCCACGGCCCCGGCUCGCCGGGCUUGCCUUGGUCUCCGCGCGUCCGAGGCGGCGAGCAGCGGGGGAACCUCCUGGGGGCGUCAGUGCAGGCGGCGUCGGGGUCGGUCGGCACCCGAGGGGCGUCAGCCUGAAUAUCACCUACCUUCACGCCUUUUCAGGACAUUUCCAAAGGGCUCAGGGAGGCUGUCCCGUCGCCGUCGUCUCUUGCCGGGAGCCCCCCGCACGCUGUGAUGAAGUCGGGCGGUGUCGGGCCCGCAGGUGAAGGGGCGAGGACCCAGGACCAGAGAAAAGGUUGCGAAGGGCUGGUGCCCGUGGUUGGGGCGGGAGGGUGCGCAGGAGGAAGCGCUGGCCUCCGUCUGUCUCAAGCAGCUGCAGCAGGCCGCGUGGAGCUCAGCAUCCCGCCCGUGCGGCGACUCACAAUUGAUGACUUUGAAAUCGGGCGUCCUCUGGGCAAGGGAAAAUUUGGGAAUGUGUACCUGGCUCGGCUCAAGGAAAGCCAUUUUAUCGUGGCCCUGAAAGUCCUCUUCAAGUCCCAGAUAGAAAAGGAAGGACUGGAGCACCAACUGCGCAGGGAAAUUGAAAUCCAGGCGCAUCUACAACACCCCAAUAUCCUACGUCUGUACAACUAUUUCCAUGACGCACGCCGUGUGUACCUGAUUCUGGAAUAUGCUCCAAGGGGUGAGCUCUACAAGGAGCUGCAAAAGAGCCACACGUUAGAUGAACAGCACACAGCCACGAUAAUGGAGGAAUUGGCAGAUGCUCUGACCUACUGCCACGAGAAAAAGGUGAUUCACAGGGAUAUUAAACCAGAGAACCUACUGCUGGGGUUCAGGGGUGAGGUGAAGAUUGCAGACUUUGGCUGGUCAGUGCACACCCCAUCUCUGAGAAGAAAGACAAUGUGUGGGACUCUGGACUACUUGCCCCCAGAAAUGAUUGAAAGGAGAACAUACAAUGAGAAGGUUGAUCUGUGGUGCAUUGGAGUGCUGUGCUAUGAGCUGCUAGUGGGAAAUCCACCCUUUGAGAGCCCUUCCCAUAAUGAGACCUACAGACGCAUCCUCAAGGUAGAUGUAAGGUUUCCCCCAUCAUUACCUUUGGGGGCCCAGGACUUGAUCUCCAAGCUUCUCAGAUACCAGCCUUCGGAGCGGCUGCCCUUGGCCCAGAUCCUGGAGCACCCCUGGGUCCGGGCCCACUCUCAGAGGGUGUUGCCUCCGUCUGUUCAGAUGGCUUCUUGAGCCCUGUCUGCACCUGUUUUAUUGUCUUUGUCCAGGGAGCUCUCCUGGCUCCACUAUCUUACCUGUCCUUUGUUUCUUCUAAGAUGCAAGAUGCUAAUUAAUAAAAGCUGAA